GAAGAUUAUGGUGAGGGAGGGCUUGAAAUGGCUGAGUUGAUGCCGUCUGACCGAUCUACGCUGUACAUCUGAAGGGAAGAAUAUCUGUUUUCGUUUUACAAUCUAAGGAAAAUGAUGGAAGCAACUACUUCACCCAUCUUGGCUGGCAGCAUCUUAAAUGAAUCCAUACCCAAAGAUGAAGCUGAUCAGCUCCUUCAAGACCUGUUUCAUGAGAUGAAUGAGGAGAGUUUUGAUGAAAUAAGAUUUGCAGCUUACAGGACAGCAGCAAAACUGCUCUUUAUUCAAAACAAAACCAACUUGCACUUGGUUGAUGUGUUUAACAUGAUUGAAGCAUUUCGAGAAAAUGGUCUGAAUACCCUAGACCACAAUACAGAGCUCCAUGAAACAAGGCUGGAAGCAAUUGUAUCAAGUAUUUUCUAUGCUCUGAACAAACGGCUUCCUACAACUAACUACAUUGACGUAGAGCGAUCUAUAAGUUUGGUCACCAACUGGCUUCUUUACGCUUAUGACAGUGAUGCCAUAGGUAGAAUCAGAGUGCUGUCAGUGAAAACUGCUCUGUCCACACUCUGUGCUGGGCGUCUUGUAGAUAAAUUGAGAUAUCAUUUUUCACAAGUAGAGGAUGAUAAUGGUUAUUUGAACUUCCCCAAGUUUGAAGCUUACUUGAGAGAAUUAUUGCAGCUCCCUGCAGCAGUUGGAGAGGCACCCACAUUUGGUUUCUCUGAAGAGAUUGCAGUCAGGUUUUUCAGUCCUGAAGGGCCCUUGAAAAGAAAUGAAACAGUUCUUCUCAAUUUUCUUGAGUGUGUCAUGGGCACUGACGCUCCUCUUUGCUAUGUAUGGCUAGGAACCAUGCAGAAAAUGGCCAAUGCUGCAAGAUGUGAACAUCAAAUUCCUUGUCAAAUUUGCAAGACAAAGCCUAUUGUUGGCUUCAGGUACAAGUGUCUUCACUGUUACAAUUAUGUUCUCUGUCAGGACUGCUUCUGGAGAGGAAAGUCUUCACAGGGCCAUAAACAGGAUCAUGAUGUGCGAGAGUACUCCACUUGGAACGCUGGCGAGAGAGGAAAUUCCCUUCGUAGUAAAUUUCUCUGCGGUGGAGGACGAAAGAAACGACCCUCCCUGCCAGAGUACCCCAGGGAACCAGAGCCUAGCAAGAUGCUAGAUGUCACGAACAUCAUACCUCCGUUGCCUUCAGAACUUUCCGGUCCAAAUCAAUAUGUUGAUUACGUCGCAAGCUCUACGGCGCCAGAGUCGGUGGAUUCCUCAAUGGAGUCAUCUCAGCCAACCAAAAUGGCAGAGGAUUUGGACGGAAGAAUGGAUGAUGAGCACAAGUUGAUAUCAAGAUAUGCGGCUAGACUCGCAGCCAAUUCGCGACAGAAACCCGCCGCUAAAGUGACCAAGUCUCCAAGUCAAUCAAGCAUUGACGUCAACAGGGAACAGAGAGAACUCAUGCAGACCUUACAAAACAAAAACAGGCUUCUUCUGAAGGAAAUUCGACGUUUGCGCGACGAGCAUGAAGAAACAUCCCGAUCAGCGGCUCAAAUCGCACAAAAUCCCCAGCUAUUGGCUGAACUGAAGUUACUAAGGCAACGAAAAGAUGAAUUAGAAUUGCGCAUGUCUGCACUGCAAGAGAGCCGCCGAGAACUGAUGGUACAGUUAGAAGGAUUGAUGAACCUGCUCAAAGCCGGCUCACCCCGUGCACCACGCAGCCCUAAGGCACAAAGAAUGGAGGAUCCAGGUUCGCCUCUGGAUUUUGGAAGGUCUCCUUUGUCCUCAUCAGCUGAAGAACCAGGCCUUCGAUCGGAGCCUCCUCCGCUAAGUGGGGUAGAUGGGGAUAUCAAGCAAGCGUUUGGAGACCGAGCCACUGGAAGGAACUUGAGAGACGAUCUGCUAUUGGCUGCUGACAACGUGACCAGUGCCAUGUCAUCGCUCGUUAGGGAACUUAAUUCUGAGGAUGAAGAUGAAGCUGUGAAUUUUGCCAACGGAAACACAGACGGCACUGAUCUGGAGGCUCUUGAACAGCAAGUGAAUCAGAUUAGGGAAUCACUGGAAUCACAGGAAGCCAGGGGAAAUUCAAACCUGACCAACGGAGACAUCGUCAUGACGGAGCCAUCGGAGAAAGUUAUUCUUCACGGUCCGAGCAGAAGCGGAAAGACUCCGAAGGGUCGACGAACAGGCUCCGAAGGCGAUACGGAUACUGACGAUGAUGACCUCAACGUUCGCCGAGGAGAUUACAAGACCUCGUCUCGAUCUCAAAUGACGGAUGACGAGAGUUACAUUCAAACCGACGAAGACGAAGGUACCCAACGAACAGAUGACGAAGAUAUGGAGUGGCAGGAAUCGAUCAAGCGAUGGGUCAAUCGAUAGAUGAUCGCCGAAAAUCGAUAGAUGGUUGAAUAUCUUAGAUAAUAGUGAUCUUUAUUUUUAUAUCUUUACUCGUACAAUGUAAUAAUAUUUGCGAUACGGGAAAUUUUAUCCUGGGCAUGUCCCCUUACACUGUAGUUACCUAACUUAAAGAGAGUCUUGAAAGACUUACGCGUAGUUGUAACUCUCAAGAUCCUCAUCAAGUUGAUAAAAGGGCUUUUAUUUUUUUACAUAUUUUAUAUUUACAAGUUGUUUCAAGGAUGUGCUACCUACCUUCCCUUGAAUUUGCUCACUGUUGAAGAAAAUAGGGGUUUUGUUAAGCACAUUUAGGUCUAUUUUUAUUUAAUACUUUUUAAAGAUUAUUUACUAAUGUUUCAUGUUAGUGGAAACUCGUUUUUUCACUUUUAUUUCUACUCUUCGCUGGUCUUGCCGAAUUUUUUCUCAGAAGUGUUAAGUGAAUUUUUCAUAUUACGUCGAAUAUAGUUUAGUCUGAUGAGAUUUUUGUGAUUGAUCCUUCAUCUAAAUGUAUGAAAUAAGUUAGAUUUUCUGGUGAUAACUUUAGAUUUGUUAUGAUUUGCAUGAAAAUCGAUGAUAAUUUUCCGUAGAUUCUCGAACUCCACCUUACACUCAUCCAUGCGUAUUGCAUAAUUUCACUUUCCGCUUUGGAGUCAAAUUCCUCAUUAUCCAGGUACUUAACUUUGUCAUGAUAAGUGACAAGGAAUUACAAAUUAGCUAACCUCAGACGAGCGUAAAUGAAGUAAAACGCAACUAAGAUAAAUAAUUAAUGCUACUUGAUUCGCCUUUAAUUCAUCAACUCAUGUUUCACGACUUUCUUGUUUUCUUUUUAAAACUUUACAAGGUGUAUACAGUAAUGAUUUUUGUUUUUAGACGCUUGAAGGUUGUGCAAAGUGGAGCCGUGAGUGGUUCCAAUAAGUGAAAUACGAUGAAUAAAAAUUGCCAAUAUGCAA